AUGGAGGAACAAAAAUUGGCAGCGUCUAUCAAUAGUCAAAUUGAACAAGAUAAAGGGAAGCAUGACAAGCCCGGAAACCAAAACAAAAAGAAGAAGAAGAGCUCCAAGGGAUCCAGGGUCUCUACAAUAAGUGCAGAACACAUUGCCGAGGUACGAGCGCAGCGAGAAGCGGCCAAAAAGGUAAAACGUGAUGAGAUGUUGGCUCGAGGCCUCGAUCCAGAUUGCCCACCAGACUUGCAGUUUAUUCGUAGGCCUAUGCUAUCAUUGACUCCUAAGGAGACGCCAAGUAGUGGAUUUACUUUCAGGCUGAUGACCUACAAUUGCCUCGCACAAGCUUUGAUUCGUCGUAAAUUGUUUCCAACCAGCGGAAAUGCUUUGAAAUGGUUUAAGCGAUCACAAGUUCUGCUGAAUGAGUUCAAGUAUUAUGCAGCGGACGUUCAAUGUUUGCAGGAGGUAGAUUAUAUCCAAUAUCAGUCUUUUUGGAAAGAAGAGUUUGCGAAAAUGGGCUACGAUUCGCAGUUCCAUCGGCACGGUACCAAGAAUCACGGAAUCGCCAUUGUCUGGAAACGAGAGAUGUUUGACAUGACCGACAAAAUGCUUAUAGAUUACGACAAAGAGCCUUCUGGCAACAUCGAGCCUCGAACUACGACUAAAAACGUAGGUUUGGUAUUGGCUCUCAACUUUACGACCAAAGUGUUGAACAAAUUUCCCGAUACUAAAAAGCGCGGAAUUUUGGUUGGUACCACGCAUUUAUUUUGGCAUCCAUUUGGUACUUUUGAAAGGACUAGACAAUGCUACGUCCUGCUAAAGAAGAUGAAGGAAUUUGAAAAUCGGGUUAAAUUACUUCAAGGUGAUAGCACUACGCAAGAAAACCAAUGGACCCCCUUCUUUUGUGGUGAUUUCAACUCUCAGCCGUUUGACACACCAUACCUAUCCAUGUCCUCAAAACCCGUUACUUACAAGGACAGGGCUAAAACUGUUAUAGAGUGUAGCACUUCCUAUACAUUCUCAAAAGCUCGCGAUGGAGAAGAAUGUGGCGAUGAGGAAGGGGGUAAUAUUGAAAAGAAUGGAAACGGCCAGCCACAGCACCCAGUGCCGUCAACAUUCGAUAGUAGCCGAGAACAGAAAGACCUAGUUGAAAGCAUGUCAGCGCUUCAUAACGCUUUGGAUAUGCGAGCUAUUUCUCUCUAUUCUGUUGGGUACAAACAUGUUCAUGUAGAAAAUUCCGGUUUGAACAACGACUUUAACGAGCCCGAGAUAUCGAAUUGGGCUGAAACAUGGAAUGGCCUGCUUGACUACAUACUUUUCAUCAAAAAAUGGGAUUUUACGAAUAAAAAUAUUCCAGAAGAGAUCAAUGCUUUCGAAUGUGAAAAUGGCCUAAAGAUAAAAAGUUUGCUUAGAAUGCCAGCGGCCAAGGAAAUGCCAAGUCACGGGCAACCCCAUGAGGGGGAAUACGGAAGUGAUCACUUAUCAAUGGUAUGCGAUCUGGAGUUAAAAAUGUGA